AGACCUGCCCCGAGUCCUGUCUGAAGACUUGCUCUGAGACCUGCUCAGACACCUGCUCCAAUUCCUGCUCCUUCACCUUCCCCAAGACCUGCCCCGAGUCCUGUCUGAAGACUUGCUCUGAGACCUGCUCAGACACCUGCUCCAAGCCCUGCUCCUUCACCUUCCCUAAGACCUGCCCCGAGACAUCUCUGAAGACAUGCUCUGAGACCUGCUCCAUAACUUGCCCUGAGACAUGCUCUGAAACCUGCCCCAAGUCCCUCUCCAGCACCUUCUCCAAUACCUGUUCCAUGACCUCAAAGUCAAUAAUCAUUCCUCGUCAUUGUGGUAUAGCUGCACCCAAAGCCUACAGUGUGUAUGGCUGUGGUUUUGGAGGAAGGACGCGCAUCUCUUCCUGCUCUUUUCGUUCGAAUACUUGCUCCCCAUGUCCAUCACACAGAAUUGAUGGAGCAUACAGAUGUCACAGUGGACUGCUCAGCGGAGGACAUGGUGAAAGAUUUGGUGCAAGAAUCAUGGCUGGAGGGUGCUAUGGAAGGGAUUAUGACUACCUCCAGAAGACUGAGAAGGCCACCAUGCAAAACCUGAAUGACCGUCUGGCAUCCUACCUAGAUAAAGUGGACUCUCUGGAGGCUGCCAAUGCCACACUGGAGAGGCAAAUCCGGGAGUACUAUGAGAAGAAGGGGCCGAUCUGCCAGAGAGACUACAGUUGCUACUUGAACACCAUUGAUUGCCUUCAGGAAAAGAUUAAAGAUGCUACUAUCAACAACGGCAAAAUCCUCCUGCGUAUUGACAACUCUAAAUUGGCUGCUGAAGACUUCAGGAUAAAGUAUGAGAAUGAGUUGUCGAUACGGCAGUGUGUGAAGGCUGACGUCGAUAACCUGCGUCGCAUACUUGAUAAGACAUGCCUGGCUAAGGCCGACUUGGAGAUGCAGAUCUGCGCUCUGCAGGAGGAGCUGGUAUAUUUGAAGAAAAAUCACCAGGAGGAUGUGGCAGCACUAAUGUGUCAGCUGACAAAUGCAAAAGUGUGUGUGGAAGUGGAUGCUGCUCCUCAGCAAGACCUAAAAAAAGUUUUGGAUGACAUCCGUUGUCAUUAUGAGACCAUCAUAAACAAACACUGCAGAGAACAGGAGUGCUGGUUCAAAGAGAAGACGGCAGAUCUGUGUAAAGAUGCUUCCACCAGCACAGAGUGCCUAGAAACCUCCAUAUCACACAUCUCAGAAUUGCGACGUAAUUUGCAGAACUUGGAGAUCAAGCUACAGUCUCAAAUCAGCAUGACAGGAGCACUGGAGUGCUCACUGUUGGAUACAGAGGCUAUGUACAGUGCUAAGCUAGCAUGCUACCAGAAAUACAUCGACACAUUCGAGGCAGAGCUUUGUCAGGUGCGCUCUGGCAUUGAGCAGCAGGGCAGAGACUAUGAUGCACUGCUGGACAUCAAGAGCCGUCUGGAGCAGGAGAUCGCCACUUACAGGUGCCUCCUGGAAAAUCAGGGCAGUAGGUAA